CUCCCUCUCCUUCCUGCAGUCACGCCGUCUCUCUCUCCCUCUCUCUCCCUCCAUCACUUCUUUUCCGCGGAGUCAGACUGUUCGCUGGCCUCUUCACCUCCAACAUCCUGCGGAUUAACCACCACCAACUCGGUCCCCAUGGCUCUGUGGUCGGUGUUGCUCUGCUCUCUGUUCGGACUCCUGCUCGGACAAGGAGUGGAACAGAUGUCCAUCGAGGACUGUUGUAAAGAUGGUCAGAAACGAGCCAACAACAAUGAAGAUUGCUCAUCCCUACCUCUCAUCUCUGAGUCCAUCCCAUGCAGGGUGGUGCAGGAGCAGUGCUGCGUCGCCGUGCUGGAGGACACCAUGUGCACCUACGGUAUCAACACGGCAAAGGACCAGGGAACCUGUGACUCUCUCUUCACCAGCACCUGCGAGACCAAGACCACAAAAAUGUGCUGCGACUGUUGCCUGGUGGGGAAGGCUGCUCAGGAGCAUGGGCUCUCCUGCGACCACACCUUGGCCUUCGGAUAUCAGUGUGUCCUGGUGUCGCGGGCCUGCUGCAUGGACGGAACCCAGGACAACCAAACCUUGACCGACGGACCGAAUGAAUUGCCCAAAGAGGAGGAGGUCACCACGAAGGGGCAGGAUUUGGUCGUGGCUGACCUUUGCAACGGGCAAUGUGAUCACGAGUGUGUGGACAAAGACACAUGCAAGUGCUCAAGUGGCUACAGACUUAAGCCUGAUGGGAAGACCUGUGAAGAUAUAAACGAGUGUCUGCUGGGGGCCAGUAACUGUCGAGGAGGGGAGCGCUGCAUCAACACGGACGGCUCCUUCCGCUGCCAGAGGGAGGUCAGCUGUGGCACCGGCUACGAGCUGACCGACAACAACAACUGCAAAGAUAUUGAUGAAUGCGAGACAGGCAUCCAUAACUGUGGUCCAGACUUCGCCUGCCAGAACACGCAGGGGUCCUUCCGCUGUCUUCCAAAAGUCAAGUGUGGGGUUGGCUUCAUCCAGGAUGCCCUGGGCAACUGCAUUGAUAUCAACGAAUGCGUGAGCCAGACGGGUCCGUGUCAGAGGGGCCAGGUCUGCAUCAACACAGCAGGGUCCUACAUCUGCCAGAGGAACUCGGUCAACUGUGGUCGGGGCUAUCACCUGAACGAGGAGGGCACUCGCUGCGUGGACAUCGACGAGUGCAAAGGACCUGAAAAGGCCUGUGCGGGUCACGGCUGCAUCAACACCAUGGGCUCCUUCCACUGCGAGUGUGAGAGCGGCUACAUUUUCAACAGCGUCAGUCGGGUUUGUGAGGAUAUCAACGAGUGCCGACACUACCCCGGCCGCCUGUGCGGCCACAAGUGUGACAACACUCCGGGCUCCUACAAGUGCUCCUGCACCACAGGCUUCAAGCUGGCGGCCGACGGCAGGAACUGUGACGAUUUAAAUGAGUGCGAGAGCAACCCCUGCAGCCAAGAAUGUGCCAACAUCUACGGCUCCUACCAGUGCUACUGUCGCCGUGGUUACCAGCUGAGUGACGUCGACGGGAUGACCUGCGAAGACAUCGAUGAGUGUGCGCUGCCCACUGGUGGCCACAUCUGCUCCUACCGCUGUCACAACACUCCCGGCAGCUUUCACUGCUCCUGCCCGCUCAGCGGCUACACCCUCGCCCCGAACGGCCGCAGCUGCCAGGAUGUGGACGAGUGUGUGACAGGAACUCACACCUGCUCGGAGACUCAGAGCUGCUUCAACGUCCAGGGGGGGUUCAGAUGUUUGGCUUUUGAUUGUCCCCCGAACUACCGCCGAGUCGGAGAGACUCGAUGUGAACGCUUGCUUUGCAAUGACUCUGUCGAGUGCCUGGCGCAGCCCCUGAGAAUAACCUACUACUACCUCACCUUCCCCACCAACAUCCCCGUCUUCACCAACAUCUUUCGCAUGGGCCCCUCCCACUCCGUGGUGGGCGACGACAUCCAGAUCGCCAUCACCUCCGGCAACGAGGGCGGCUUCUUCCGGACGGAGCGGGUGUCCAACGGGGGCGUGAUGUCCGUGGCCCAGCUCAUCAACAAGCCGCAGGACUUUGACCUGUCUCUGGAGCUCAGCCUGCGGCGCUACGGCACGCUCAGCACGUACCUGGCCAAGGUGCUGGUGUUCGUCACCCAGGAGGAGCCCCGAGUUCCCUACAACCCCCUGCUAGAAUAGGCACAGCCUUUCACCCGGGUCACUCGCCUGUAGAGGGCGCCGUAUGCAUGUGCCGCUGUCCAACCUUUCCACACAGUCACUAGCUGGUUAGCUGGAGUCACAGCUCUCGCAGUGACUCAACAUAAACUUUUCUACUGAACCUUUCAAGCCAUUGCCUUUCCUGAGUCCACACUCAUUUAUGAGCUUUUACAAAUGUAUUUUAAUAAAGAAAAUGACACACACACACCAUGGCACAACUCACGUUCAUCAGCCUUGUUUACACGGACUGAAUUUUUAUCUUGGGAAUUUAACUCUUUUGGAAACACAGGACACAAGAUCUUAAGUUGCCCAACACUGACACAUUAAUGUUUCCCAUAAUGCAUCCCUCUAUAACCAAUGUAAUGUAGUAACGUGUAAUGUUGAAAAAUAUUAUUUACUUAAUCCAAUCUUUAUUUAAACUAUCAUUUAUCUAGUUUCCCUGUGAUAUAAAAAAUGUAAUAUGUAUAUUUUCUGUAUUUUUAUUUUUUAAGUAUUAUUUGUGUUUUACAUAUUUUUUCUCUUUGGUUUAAAAAAAAAAAUCUAACAAUACAUUUAUAUUUAGAAUGAAUUUUGUCUAUUUUUAAUGUCAUUUGAUUGGCUUUAUCCAACAUUUCAACGCUUCAAUUACAGCACAGAAAUUGUCAAUCAUUUAUGGAAAAAAUUAUUCCGAAAUAAGUGUGGGAAUAAAUAUGUAAAAAUACAUGUAUAGAAAAGCGGAAAUAUUUAUUUCAAUUUCCUCAUAUUUCUGUUUAUUUUUCCUAUUUUAUUCCUGAGUUAUGACACUUAAUAUGACCGUAUGAUCUUGUUCCUGAAACUAUUUAUUAGAACUAAACCACAUGCAUUAAAAAGUAGCUCAUUUUUACCUUUAUAAUUCUGUGUUACAUCCACGUCUGAAUAUUCUUUUCCGGCCCAUAAAUUCGAGUUAUGGACCUAAAGCACCGCUAGGUGGCGCCCGAGGACAGGCUAAACCCAGCGUUUCCUCAGGACAGCAGGAGAAACUUGAGGAGGCUGAUGGAGUGUGAUGAUCCGCAGCCUGUCGUGAUUUACGAGCU